UUGCGCGGAGCAGGCUGGGAAAAAUAAAGCAUCUGGAUUUGAUUUAAUUCAAAAGCGCUGUUUUGCAGGUCAGUUGUACUGUUGCCUACCAGUAAUCUGAGUGAAACAGACAGCUAAUAUAUUUGUAGUGAGUCUGCAAUUAUAAAUAUUAUAUGCCGUUAACAUGCGUUGUGCCGUUCUGGUGUUUGUGCUGAAAGCAUUUGAUAACAAGAAUUUUACCUGCACUCGGAUGCUCAAGGAAGAAGACAUCGGAUCGUUACGGAGGCGAAACUGAACUGAACGAAAAAUAAGUGAAUCAAUGAUGGAUGAAGGUUCACAGAUACUUGAGUCCGAGGAUGCUGUCAUUAUUGUGGAGAACGAAGCAGAACCAGUUCAGGAGGAGAUCACCAAUGUGCGGCCAGCCACCUUGAAUUUUCUGGACACCUGUCCCGUGUGCCAAUUGAACUUUCACAGUCGCGAACCCAAACUUUUGCCAUGUCUGCACUCUUUCUGUAAGAAGUGCUUGCCAUCACCUUCGAGGAAUUUGGCUAUGCCUGACACGAACUCGCAGGUUGACAGCGCAACGAAACCACUGAAUGUGAUCCGAUGUCCGGUGUGCAGACAAGAGUGCAUGGAGGUGGACGUAAUGGAGAACUUCUUUGUGAGGGACUCAGUGGAAGCUCCCAGUAGCACUGUCGAGAGGCCUAUACAGCUGUGUAUGAGCUGUGAUGAUAGUGCUGAGGCCACUGGGUUCUGUGUGGACUGUGUGGAGUUUAUGUGCGGCACCUGCGUAGAGGCUCACCAGAGGGUAAAGUUCACCAAAGACCACAUCAUCAGACAGAAGGAAGACAUGCCUCAAGAAGCUGUUGGUAUUUUCACUCAGAGGCCAGUGUUCUGCGACAUCCACAAACAGGAGCCACUGAAGCUGUUCUGUGAAACCUGUGAUCUGCCCACCUGCCGAGAUUGCCAGCUACUUAAGCACAAGGACCACAACUACCAGUUUCUGGAGGAUGCUUAUAAGAAUCAUAAACAUCACAUGGAGGAUAUGACUCGUCAGCUUCAGGAGAAAAAGAAGAUAAUUGAAGAUGUGUCAAAUUCCAUAAACAAUGGACUCCUUCAAGUGGAUGAGAACCGCAUAUCAGUUCACAAUGACAUCAAGAAGUCAAUAUGCAGUUUGAUACUAGAGAUCAACAGAAAAGGAAAGAUUCUAGUCAAUCAGCUUGAGGGCCUGACAAAGGAUCACGAAAGUGGCCUGAAGAAGCAGAAGGAGGAUAUUGGCUAUCUGUCCAGACAUCUGGACCAUGUGAUCAACUUCACAAAAUGGGCUACAGCUAGGAGCGGUGGAACAGCUCUCCUUUACUGUAAACGUUUGAUCCUGUUUCAGAUUGGAAACCUCCUGCGGGCUAAAUGCAAUACAUCGUUUAUUCCACAGAGCACUGUGCGUUUCCAGUGUCGAUCUGGUUUUUGGGCCUCAAACUUCGAUCUGGGCUCUUUAGUGGUGGAGAACGUCCCAGGCCACCAGCUGGGUGGCUUUCAGGGCAUCCCUCAUCAACUCCCCCAUCCUGUGCAGGGCCCUCCAGGCUCCCCCAUCAGCCAGCCCCCAGGGCACUCCCAGCCCCGCCUGGCCCCCCACAACCACAACACCCUGGCCCAGCUCCAGAUGCAGGUGGAGAAACUAGCCCAGCAACCCCACUGGCAGCCUCAGCCCCAGCCCCCACCCUGGGCCUGGUACCAGAGUAUGCGGCUCCAGAGACCCCCUACAGGGCCUCUCCAGGGUAGCUCUCCCUCCCAGACUCUCCCUUCCAUGCACCAGCAGGGCAGAAGGUUCAUGGCCCCGCCUGCCAACCACCUCAGUCCCACCAGCACCCUGCCAAGCCCUGGAUAUCCGCCCCAGGCUGUCCAAUCACUGAGAGGUCUGGUGAGCAGCUCCAGCUACUCACUCAAACACAUGGACGUAUUCAACCCAACGCCUCACUUCUCCCACAAUGCACCACUGCCUAGCAACGGCAGCUUUGACUCUCCUCACUCGAGGGAGCAGCAGAUGGAGUCUGCAUAUCAGAACAAGCAUCCUGGAGGUCCUAUCCAAAUAAUAAGACCAAACUUCCCUCAGACCCUACCAGCGUCCCUCCCAUAUAGAACUGCACAAGGACAACCGCAUGCAGGACUAACUGCUACAUCCUGUCAGGAGAAACCUGGGACUGUUUCCUGGAAACCCCCAGAGAUGCAGAAGCAGGCGAAUGGAGCCGGGGGAUCAGCUGCCAAGAGGAGACGGAGGUCAUCGCCUGGACCCAUCAUUGUCAUCAAAGAUGAGCCAGAGGAUGACAUCAGCUGUGUGCAGGGUAACCUUCGACCCAACCUUCCAGACAGCACCGGGGUCCAGGGCCAAACCAGUCAGCAAGAUGGAGGGGAGAAACAAGCCCAGUAUUCUCCUCAUGGCCCGGGGGAUAAAGCCCACACUCCACCAGAGCCUCCGGGGCCUUCAGUAGACCAAAGCCAGGCCCAGACCCCACAGCAGAACCUUGUGCGGGCAGAGAAGCGGCCCGGCAAGGGCCCGGAUCCAGAAGAGGACCCUAAUGAGGACUGGUGUGCUGUGUGUCAGAAUGGAGGCGAGCUGCUGUGUUGUGACAAGUGUCCCAAAGUGUUCCACCUCUCCUGCCACGUCCCCACCCUGCUCAGAUUACCCAGUGGAGAGUGGUUCUGCUCGUUCUGUCGUAACCUGUCAGUGCCUGAAGUGGUGUAUGACUGUGACAUCAGCAGACUAGAACCCAGAACUGUGAAGAAGGAGCGAGACUCUGAAGGGGGAUUCUGUCCUGUGGACAAAAGGAAAUGUGAAAGGCUCUUGCUGAGGAUGUACUGCAGUGAGCUCAGUGCUGACUUUCAGGAGGCUAGGCCACCCUUGAUAUUGCCGGAGAAUCAAGAGACCACAACGACGCCAAUGGACCUGUCCAUUGUGAAAAGCAAGCUGGAGUCCAAACAGAGCCCUUGCUACUGCAGCCCAGCUGAAUUUGUUUCAGACAUCCGACUCAUCUUCCGGAACUGUGCAGCGUUCAACGAGGCUGACACAGAGGUUGCCACUGCCGGGAGAAAACUGGAGAGGUUCUUUGAGGAGCAGCUGAAGAUCCUGUACCCUCAACGGACUUUUCCAGAGGUCAAGUCUGAGAUCAUCAGUCCUGUGACGACUCCCGUCUCACCUCAGCAUCCCAAAGCAUCUGAUGAGGAAAGCUCCCAGCAUGCAAAGCGUCAGCGCAGGUGCUCCGAAAGCCAGGAUGUAUGUAGCGGUACUCCUGCUCUAAGCUCACCAAAGGGAGAAGAGGCCCACUAAAUGCAGAAAUCAACAUCUCAUAGACUUUUAUCAGUCAAGAACACUGCCAGUAUUAGAUUACAACAAGUCUACUACUUCUCAUCCUUUAUUUUUUAUUUUUAUGUGCCGAAAUACUCUGUAUUCUGUGAUUGACUUUGCACAAAAGAACACUGAAGCAGGGUACCAAAACCAUUUCCAUUAGACUGCUUUACAUUGAUUCUGUAGUAAUACACUGUAGCCAUGACUAUAGACCCAGAGUAUGAAAACAGAAACACAAGGUGUUAGAUAACCCAACAGCCUCUGUACAUGUGGUGAUAGUGACAGGAAUUGUGUAUCUUCUAGGGAAUAAACACUGUGACAAGGUUAGUCCAGAAAAGUAGAAAACCCAUCAAAAGGAAUCACACCAGCCUGAUAAAACCUAAGAUGAUACAUUAAUACAUUGUUAUUGCAAGACUGCAUGAAGUGUUUCAUGAACAUCUCAGCUUGCGAAGUGUGUUUGUUUAGGCUUAGAUUAGCCUUGACAUCAGCUGUUCUCUUCCAGUGUGAUGGCUGCUGGCUUGGGACCAGGCCUACUGUAUGUUUCUCAACAUUCAGACCUCUCUGUUCCCUCGUUGUUUUGAAAUUUGUGAAUAAGCCAUUCAAUAUAUUAUUUAUUAAUAUUUUACAUUUCAAUAGGGCUUUUUAUGAAGUGUAUGUACAUACCAAUGUUAUGACAUUUUUCAUUCAUGUGACCUAAUUUAAACGUAUAAAGGUUUAACAAUGUUUUUGUCAUGCAUAACCAAAUCAUGUAUUUUGCCAUGUUUUCUUAUGAUUUAAUACAGUACCAUAGCAAUUUCUGAAAACCAAAAUAGUGUAUUCAUGAGAAAUACUUGCAUGCAAGUUUACUUGCAGCUGUUUACAGGGUACAAUAAAUGAAUCAUACUUCAUGAUUCUUAAUUCGAUCUGUUGUUCAUGUGGUAUUCAGUCAGCAUUUACAGCAUUUCUGAUUUAUGGUAUGAAAUACUUAAUAAUUGGUGAUAAAUGGGUCAAAGGUUUUCAAUAGUUUACCAAAAGGUUAAUAACGCAUUCUCAAUGACUACUGUGUAUUAUGCUGUAGUAAUGAAACACUGUGAGCCCCAUGAAUGAAACAUACUGUGGGGCCCAUGAAUGAAACAUUCCGUGAGGCCUAUACAGUACAAGAUUGCAGUGCUUCAAAAGGAUUGCACUGCCCUGUAGAAGAUUAGCACCAUUUAAAAGUGACCUCAGCCACUCAUUUCCUCUACAUAGGAUAUCUGUGUUUGGCCAGAGCUGCUUCUCAUUAAAUCUUUAAUGGGGGCGAAGGAGAGAGGAAAGUAGUGUGUGUUUGUGUGUGUGUGUAUGUAAAAAGUGUGUGGUUAGUUUUAGGAAACACCACAGAUAUUAACAGAGCCCUCAGAUCUGGUCUGGUCCUCAUUACAGGGCAUCUUCUGGGGCCUUAUAUUGCUGCAGAUGUCCUCUAGACUGGCCCUCUGUGUUCCUAACCCCCACAGUAGAUAAGAUAAGGAUAUUCAACAGCAGAAGUAUUGCUUUGUGUGCUGUGGCUUCUUUCCUUUGAUGGGCCGGCCAAGUGAAAACAGUCUGCAAAUAUGUGAUAGACUCUUAAUUAUGUAACAGUGCAUCAUGAAUGUGCCACUUUUGCUGCAGAUUUUUGUUUAAAAUUGUUUUUAACAUCGUACUUAAAUAAAACUGUUGUCUGCUUCACACAAAAAAAGUUGCUACUGUAGGACACAGUGCAAAUGUGUACGGCAGCUCUAAUUUCAAGAUCUUUAUUUUAAGUACCUACAGCAGUACACAUUCAAUUUCUUUUAAAUUUUUUUUGUAUUGGCCAUGCAUGGAGAUGUUGCUUGAGGGUCUGUGUGAUAUGGUGUGUUGUGUUGGUUUGGGGGGGACUUGACAACACAUGGCUCUGAUUACAUUAUCGUUUACUCUUGGCUUUGUCAUCCUGCAAUGGCGAAAACCAGAGAACUGAUUUAAUUUGCAGAGAGCCUUGGUUUGGUAAAAACGAUUUAGAAUGCCAUCCAGUAAUUAUUUAUCUCUUUGCCAAUCUUGGCCAUGUCAAUCAACCUAUGCAUUUUAAAGGUAUAAUUCACCCAAAUCACAAAAUGUACUGAUUCUUGUUUCCGCAUCAUGUCCGAAUAAUCACAAAGUAUCUCAUAUUAACGGUUGUUCAUCAAAAUCAAUGGAAUCUGCAUCAAAGUUCAACAAUGCCACUCAUUUGACUGAAAAAAUAUCUAAUGUUACAAUGAGUUACAUUUUUCAAUGCUGGGAAGAGUGCAAGGGAAAUGAACAAAAAUGAAUUGCUGUUUACGUUUGCACAGACUUCUUACAGGUAUAGGACACUAAUGUGUACUUUUGUAAUUUGGAGGAACUGUCUCUAAGGUUCAAUCAACACGUGGCUCUUAUCAGUAAUAGCUGUUUAAAUUGAGAGGACAAGUAAAAUUCCAAUGGCCUACUACAUCGGAAUGUGUUGUUUCACAAUUUGAUGUGAAAUAAACCCCAAGUCUGUCACAGUCUGAUUCAAUUAAAUCAUAUUACUGAGGGGCUUUUUGUCGACCUCAAAUAUCUGGUUAUGUCUGCGGAGGAUGGUCGUAAAUGUAGCAAAAUAUGCUUUAUGAAUUACAUUUUAGAAAUUUUACCGAAACCGACCAAUUCUAAGGAUUGUAUGUAGGCAUGUUGAAAUCUAUAUGGCCACCAAAUAUUUUUUGACAACCACAGAACCACCCUGGAGUGUAGUCCAGAUGUUCGGAAGUUAAAUCAUAGGCAACAUACUGUCAGAAACGUCUAAAUAAAAUCGAAGUUGGAGGACAGCGUCAAUAAAUGUCGCCAUUACGCAUCGUAUUAUUUAGUCUAUGAGAUGUAUACUUUAGCCUUGUUGCCUGUCUUUAACAGCCAAUGCAGUGUAUUUACUUGAAUCAAAUAUUCGUUUCCUAUAAGCUUUUAUAAUAGUCUAACUGUGGAAAUCAGAAAUACAUCAGUUGUCAUCGUGGUUUCUAGAAUAUUAAUAUAAAAAAGUUUUGCUCUGACACUUCUUGCAAGUCACAUGCGAUGCCCCUCGCCCGCCCCUACGCGCGAGAUAAUUAGACGCUGGUUCGGAGACAGUCACGCUGCGAUUCAUUCAGCCACAUUACACAUACUCCUGUCCAGUGUGAGCUCAACAUUUUCCUACCUUUUGCUUGAAAAUCUGCGUGUCGGUGAGAAACUCUGCUGUUGGUUCACACCUGGUGCAGAAUAUUAGAGAUCUGACUGUUGGGGGAAAAAAAAACUGGUAUAAUCUUUGCUUCUUCCAAUGGGUCCUGGGAUAGUGAUACUUUUCUCUCUUUUUGGAGUUCUCAGCGCAAAUGGUAGG